CACAAUUUUGUAUAUAAUUUUCUGGAUGACUUUGAGGUAUUAGAAUUAGAAUAGGGUCGGUCCCUCCUUGUAGGGUGCAGAGUUUGGCCUAUGUGUCCUCUCUUUCUCUCUCUCUCUCUCACUCUCGCCCCACAGUGGAGACACCCAUUAUAUAUAUGUACACUUAUGGGUAACUGAAACUAUAGAGGCCCAUACCAUUUACAGUACUUUGUAGAGUGGCGGUGGAGCUUCUUGGGAGCAUCAAUGGCUGUUUUCAUUCUGGUUCUUGUGGCUGUCUUCGUGCUCUGUAUCUGCUCUGCUUUGUUGAGAUGGAAUGAGGUGAGGUAUAGGAAGAAAGGUUUGCCUCCUGGUACAAUGGGUUGGCCAGUUUUUGGAGAGACUACUGAGUUUCUAAAACAAGGUCCAAACUUCAUGAAAAACCAGAGAGCAAGGUAUGGCAGUUUUUUCAAGUCCCACAUACUGGGCUGUCCUACCAUCGUAUCAAUGGAUCCUGAGCUCAACAGGUACAUCCUCAUGAAUGAGGCAAAAGGCCUUGUUCCUGGCUACCCACGGUCUAUGCUAGAUAUCUUAGGAAAAUGCAACAUUGCAGCAGUCCAUGGCUCUACCCACAAGUACAUGAGAGGAGCAUUGCUUGCCCUCAUUAGCCCCACCAUAAUCAGAGACCAGCUUUUGCCAAAAAUUGAUGAUUUCAUGAGAAGCCACCUUAACAACUGGGAUAACCAUAUCAUCAACAUUCAAGAAAAGACCAAAGAGAUGGCUCUUCUCUCAUCCCUUAAGCAGAUUGCUGGUAUUGAAUCCUGUUCAAUAUCCCAACCAUUCAUGGCUGAGUUCUUUAAGCUGGUUUUAGGGACACUUUCAUUGCCUAUUGAUCUUCCAGGAACAAAUUAUCGUCGUGGGUUCCAGGCAAGAAAAAAUAUUGUAAGCAUGUUGACACAGCUAAUAGAUGAAAGAAGAGCUUCCAAGGAAACCCACGAAGACAUGCUUGGUUGCCUAAUGAGAAGUGAUGAAAAUAGAUACAAACUUACUGAUGAAGAAAUAAUUGAUCAAAUAAUUACAAUUUUGUAUUCCGGUUAUGAAACUGUUUCAACUACUUCAAUGAUGGCUGUCAAGUAUCUCCAUGAUCAUCCAAGAGCUCUUCAAGAACUAAGAAAAGAGCAUUUGGCAAUUAGAGAAAGGAAAAGGCCUGAGGAUCCCAUUGAUUGUAAUGACCUUAAAUCUAUGAGGUUCACUCGUGCGGUCAUUUUUGAGACAUCAAGAUUAGCCACAAUUGUUAAUGGGGUUUUAAGGAAAACCACUCAAGAUAUGGAGCUAAAUGGAUUUGUGAUUCCAAAAGGAUGGAGAAUAUAUGUUUAUACAAGGGAGAUAAACUAUGACCCUUUUCUAUAUCCAGAACCAUUAACCUUCAAUCCAUGGAGAUGGAUGGAUAAGAGUUUGGAAUGUCAAAAUAACUUAUUGAUAUUUGGAGGGGGCACAAGGCAGUGUCCUGGAAAAGAACUGGGAAUAGCAGAAAUUUCCACUUUCCUACACUACUUUAUAACCAGAUACAGGUGGGAAGAGAUUGGAGGUGAUAAACUAAUGAAAUUUCCAAGAGUUGAAGCACCAAAUGGGCUACAUAUUAGAGUCUCAUCUUACUAACACACUUAAUGUACAGAAGAAAGAGAGCAUAUAUGGAUGUACAAAGACAAUAGUACUUUUAACAGAUUAGAAACCUGAUGAAAUUGAGCAUUUACCAAUUUUUCGGCUAAUUAAGAUUGCCCUCAUUUGUAGAAACUAUAGCAAAUACAUGUAUUCCGAGUUUCCAACCCUAUAAUUGCAGAUAGUUCUUAGUCAUAAUGAAAAUGCCUUCUUUUAAGUAGGGGCCUCAAGUCUUCA